AUGAGCAAGUUUAGGCAACUGCUGGGGUUUGUCGAGUGUGCUUCCCUGGAGAAGAGCGACAGCAAGCCCAAUGAGAGCACCUCUAAGUCUGAGGCAUGUGUCUUCGAUGGCGACCUAAACUUUCGAAGACGACGAGGAACAAAGCUGCUGCAAGGAACCAAUCCCUUAGAAGGAGGCUACCAGCAGAUCCUUGCUACUCCAUCAUCAGAUGAAAAGGACCUCAUCGAGGCUAUCUCUGCCCAGACUACUGUCAAGGACAACGAGCACCGAGAGCAUAUCUUGACCGGCCGGCCAUGGCCAUCUCAUCCCCAGGCUCCUGCUGCGGCUGCGGCUGCGGCUGGGGUUCAGGUUCGGGCUGAUGGGCUGCCAAACGAGGGUCGAGUCGAGGGUCGAAAGUCACCCUUUGUGGAACGCCUCACUGCCGACAAAUGCAAACAGGAGGCGCACGUCUACAAGCUCCUUGGUAGCGGGGACAGCUCCAACCGCAUCAAUGCCGCGGAAGGGACUCGCCCACCAUCCAUUACUUCCAAAGUCGAUGUUGGGGAAUUUCUCCGUUUCGAUUGA